AUGAUAAACAAAAAGCUUUUAAAAGAGCAAGAAAAGUUUUCAAUUCAUUUGAGAGUAGAACUUUUAGGGUUGAAAAAUAAUGCAAAUUCGAGUGAAAAAGAUCAUUCCGAACGCUGUAAAAUGAAAAGCAUUCAAAACUUUCUUGUCCAUUUUCAUCUCCACUUUUGGUUGAUGUUGGGGUCUGAGUUUGAGUGGGUGGUCGAUUGGUUGCUCGGGUGUUGUUUAAGUGGGAAGACUUUAGUGCAAUUGGAGGUCUUAUCAGACGACAAAGAUCGGAAAAUUGCAAGAAGGAAAACAAAUAUUUUCAUAAAUAACAAACGAUGGGGGAAACAUUUGAUAUAUUCAGAUGGUGGAGAAAGACGACACCAAACGAAACACCGAGAUAAAGAUGGCAAUUACGCAAUAAAUAAAUUGCUUUUGCCACCUCUUGAAGAUGUUUCAUUGUCUCUGACAAUAAAAAGUGGUGCUUCGAUGAUGAAUCUCUUCUUUUUUGCUACUCUCGUUCACUCGUGUUUGCUGACUAUGGACUGUGGUGUUACCCAAUGA